CUCAAUACACUAGUGUUUGGCUUGAGCGGCUCAGCUCCUACAACUCCGUUCCCAGCGCACCUUUCGUCGAGCACCUGGCAAUGGCGGCUUCCUCCCCGUCCGCCACCUCUCAGAUGCGCCUAAGCCCUCUCCGUCCUUAUUAAAGACCACCGCCGCCGCCGCUUUCCUUCUAUCCAACUCCCGCAAAUCCCUACCUACCCCGCGCGCGUUCGCUCGCUUGCGCCCGAACUGCCCGCAUCUCUCGCGGACACAGACCCCCGUUCCGGUCCUUGCCUCUGCCGUUUCGUGGCUAGUGGAUGCCCCUGCCCUUCCCCUCCCGCGAAUCCAGGUGAUUCGCAUCACCUUCGCGUCGUCAGGAUCCAGUUCGUGCGCAAUGUCGGCAGUGGCGCCACCGCUGCGCACUUGGAUCGUCGCCGCCUGCUUGUCUGCAACCUGCGUCGCAGACGAUGAAAGGAAGCAGCGCAACUACAUCGGCGGCGGGCUUUUCGGCACGCGCCGCCACCCUGCUGCGCGCCGCCGAGGCGGGACACGCUCUGGAGUGCCCAUUGCUGUUUCCUUUCAUCCUGAAAGAGGAGCUGUGGAAAACAACAAAUCUGAAACCAAACAACGGAGGGUAGUUGUCACUGGCAUGGGUGUCGUGACUCCGUUAGGCCAUGAGCCUGAUGAGUUUUACAACAACCUUCUACAGGGUCUCAGUGGAAUAAGUGAGAUAGAAGCAUUUGACUGUUCCAGCUAUCCCACGAGAAUUGCUGGAGAAAUCAAAUCCUUUUCAACAGAUGGUUGGGUUGCACCAAAGUUAGCUAAGCGAAUGGAUAAGUUCAUGCAAUAUUUGAUAGUUGCUGGUAAGAAAGCAUUGGAAAAUGGUGGAGUCACUGAAGAUAUCAUGAACGAGUUGGACAAAUCGAGAUGUGGAGUUCUAAUUGGAUCUGGUAUGGGUGGCAUGAAGGUUUUUAGUGAUGCAAUUGAAGCAUUGAGGGUCUCCUACAGGAAGAUGAACCCAUUUUGUGUACCUUUUGCAACUACAAACAUGGGUUCUGCAAUACUUGCGAUGGAUCUGGGCUGGAUGGGCCCAAACUACUCUAUCUCUACUGCUUGUGCCACUAGUAACUUCUGCAUCCUGAGUGCAGCCAAUCAUAUCAUGAGGGGGGAAACUGAUUUGAUGCUGUGUGGUGGUUCUGAUGCUCCAAUUAUACCAAUUGGAUUGGGAGGUUUUGUGGCAUGUAGAGCUCUUUCACAGAGAAAUAGUGAUCCAACAAAAGCUUCUCGGCCUUGGGACAUGGAUCGUGAUGGGUUUGUCAUGGGAGAAGGGGCUGGUGUGCUUCUUUUGGAAGAACUUGAGCAUGCAAAGCAAAGAGGUGCAGAAAUAUAUGCAGAAUUUCUGGGUGGAAGCUUUACGUGUGAUGCAUAUCAUAUGACGGAACCACAUCCUGAAGGGAAGGGGGUUAUUCUUUGUGUUGAAAAUGCACUAGCUGAUGCAGGAGUAACAAGGCAAGACAUUAACUAUGUAAAUGCCCAUGCUACAUCUACACAGUUGGGUGAUUUGAAGGAAUUCCAAGCUCUUUGCCGCUGUUUUGGGCAGAAUCCUCAGCUAAGAGUAAACUCAACAAAGUCGAUGACUGGCCACUUGCUAGGUGCUGCAGGUGGAAUAGAAGCUGUAGCUGUUAUACAAGGGGAAUACAUGCUACUGCUAAGUGGACAGUUCGAGAAAUGCCACUACAUAGUCUUAAAUUUUUUAGCAUGCCAUUGUUCAGUCACUGAAUUCUGAAGAAUCCCACUAUGUCAAGAACUGGAAAACAGAGCUCUUCUGUUAUUCAUUCUCCCCCCUUUCCACUCAUCCCCAAUCCGCCCCACUACCUCCCGCCAGCUUACCUUGCCUUGUGCUGGUGACCAGCUGCGAUGGCCCGAGCCCUCCCUGCAUCCCACUGAUGCCUUUGUGACAUUGACCUCUCCACGUAGGGCGAGUACCGUGACUUCCCAUGGGAGCGUGUCCUAGAGGUUAGGGUUUAUGGUGGAUGCUGGUGAGCAACAAGAUGCACAUAUCUGGAGGUGGAGGAGGCCAUGGAACACCAAGCUUGGCCAUGAAUGUGGAGUGGAGAAUUGGACUUCCACUCUUAGCUUGGAGAUCUUAUCCCUAGCUCCGUUGCUGGGAUGGGAAGCAAUGGAAGUGGCGAGGAAUGGGAACAAAUGGGGGAUGUGGAAGGAAGAAGCAUAACAUGAUGCCAUCCUUCAAGUUUCUGUAACGUAAUAAUUGCUUAUUUAAAUAUCAAGUUUGGUAGUGGCAUUUCUCAAAAGUGGAAUAUAUCUAAAUUCUCCCGUCCCUUUUAUAGGGCACCCAUGUAUUCCAGAUUUAGUAUACUUUGCAAUGUUUUACCAGCAAUCAGUUUAAUAGGAGUAGUAUAUAAGGCGAGAAAAGUAGCAGUGUCGGCUUUGUAUUUGGUGUAUCCAUAUGAGCAUGUUAUGCAAAAUUAACAAGUGACAGUAAAUGAAAUCUACAGCCUAGAGUUUAAUUUGGUGGACUGUUAAGGUACGUUGUUUUAGUGAGUUGCGGCAACCCCAAAACGCAGGGAUGCCUAGGUGCCUAGUCUAGAGUUUGAAGGUGCAAACAAUCAUAAUUAAGCAUGCUUCAUAUGUCACGAAAAGAUAAAUAUUUAUGUAGUACAUGGCUGGAGAUUAGGAGGUAUAUCAGCACAAUAUCAUUCCAAAUUAAGCAAUUUCUCUAGAGGGAGCAACAUAUUAAGAAGAGGGGUUACCGAGAAAAACACAAAACAAGCAAACAUGCAAAAAUACGGUGCAACAGAGCAAGAGGCAGCAAUAUAUAGAAGAGAUCAAGAGCAGAUCAAAUCAUAGGGAGGAGAGAGAAGGAAACUAACCUGAGCUGAGCUGAUCUCAAAGUUUUGCGGAGGCGGCAGGAUGAGAAGGCAACUAAGAUUUGGAUGUUGGCAAGCCUGCUAGAAUGCUGGCAGGUGGUCUCUUUCUCCCGACAGUGGCACUGGUGGCUUUCUCACUCACCUGCAGCCUAACUCAAAACUCAUCAAGUGCCAUAUCUGUUUUUUUCUCUCCUCACUCAUGUGGUACCUGCCCCCUUAAUUUUUUUGCUUCCAAUCAUGGUCAUGGUGUUGCCAGGCACUCAACUCGUUGUGCAUAACUCCCGCUAAGCUGUCACGACUUUAGCAAUGCAGAAGCCACACACUGAAGAAUUGGUCCAUUUUGAUGUGGAUAAUUAUCGAGCUAGGACACAUACAGAUUGAGCUGAGGUGGCAUGUGUUGCCUGUGUGCUGGAGUGAGCAGGGACCAUGUUAAAGCCUAUUAUGAGAUUCCAUUAAAAGGCAUCUCUAACUCCUGUUCCAAAUGAUCGGAAAAGUGAAUUAUAAUUGUUCUGAAAUCUCAUCCUGAACUCUCAUCUCAAUUUCGUUGUUCUUCGGGACAUCACAAUUUAGUAUUUAUAGUAAGGUCUUGAUCUAGCGGUGCUCCACAAUCUCUCGAUUGACCGGUAACAGCGACCAACUGGUUGAGAGAUUGCUCUAUGGCUUAAUCUCCUGUAAAACUGAAGUUGGCGUUCGACUGAUUUGGAGGGAGCUGCGCUGGCACACAAUUCCAAGCUGUCCGCUCAAACUCGAAUUGUUGUGGAGAAGAUGGAAGUGUGGUCACCUUGUUGAAAGUGGUCACCGAGGAAGUGGAAUCCAUCUCUGCCAAUGUCGAUUCCAACGACAGGGAUUCACGAAAAUCACGAAGCAGGUGGACGACCGGCAAGGACCCUGACAUCGUCAAGCAGGCCCAAGUGACGCCUGCGGUGGUGACUUUGCCAUGCCCAUGAUUUCUGCCGUACACCGACAAGGCACCAUUGCUCGCCAAGAACGGUCCUCCCCUGCUCCAGCGUCGGCAGUACGCUCU